AUGCCAACCGUGUUUAUUUUUCCAGUAAACAUAAAUAUACACGUGUAUUGGACCCCGAGUUUGGCGUCUGUCGAUCCUGAUUCCGAAGGUAAGCCAGAAAAGAAAGGAAAACUUCGGACUCCAGCCCUCUUCAGAGAGAGACUGACAGUCGGAGAAUUUUCAAAAUUAUUUUUUUUUUCGACAUUUUCUUUUUUUUCUUUGGCUAUUUGCUUUCUUUUUUUUUAUUUUUAUUUUUGUUUCGUAUUUUUAGCAUCUUCGAGCCACAUUCGAAACAAGAUGGAAACACACUAUACUUUAAAAAUAGCACCAGUCAAAUGUCAAACUCUCAAACACGAUCUCUCCCAAGCACUCUGUCACACUCCCAGAACAACUCCCAAACACCCCCGAAACUCCCCUAUCACAUAUAAACCGUCUCUCCGUCCCUCUCCAUCCCUCGUCCCGCUACCAUUCCAAGUCUUCGGACGCGCUGUCUUUCGUGUAGCACUCAACAGAAAACGGGACACAAAGACAUGA